AAAGGAGAAAAGAAAGGGGAUCAAGAGGAGGAAAGUAGGAGGAACAACGUGCGCAUAUUUAAAGAGCACAACCAGGGGAGUGGUGUGUUCGACACAGUCCCAGAGAGAGAGUGACAGACGAGUUUGUCAGGGUCCAUAGGCUUCAGAUUUUCUGUAUCCUGUUGCCUGCUGGGCGUUUUUUUUCUUUCUGUCUUUUUUUUUUUUUUUUAAUUUUUUGAGACCCGUGGCUGUUUCGGUCCGCCAGUGUCGGAGCGGUUCAGGAUGGAUGCCAUCAUGCUGCAAGAGAAACUGGUAGAACGGCUUCUGUGCCCGCGAGUGAGAACGGCCAGACAGAAGGAGAAACAGUAUGUGGGUUUUGCAACUUUGCCCAAUCAGGUCCACAGGAAGUCUGUGAAGAAAGGCUUCGACUUUACGCUGAUGGUGGCAGGAGAGUCUGGUAUGGGUAAAUCCACCCUGGUCAACAGCCUGUUCCUCACAGACCUCUACAAAGACAGGAAGUUACUGAACGCUGAGGAGCGCAUCAACCAAACGGUGGAGAUCAUCAAACACACCGUAGACAUCGAGGAGAAAGGAGUGAAGCUCAAGCUGACCAUCGUAGACACGCCGGGGUUUGGAGACGCGGUCAACAACAACGAGUGCUGGAAGCCAAUCACAGACUACAUAGAUCAGCAGUUUGAGCAGUACUUCAGGGACGAGAGUGGACUGAACAGGAAGAACAUCCAGGACAACAGAGUCCACUGCUGCCUCUACUUCAUCCCUCCUUUUGGCCACGGGCUGCGGCCAGUGGAUGUUGAGUUCAUGAAGGCCCUGCAUGAAAAAGUGAACAUAAUUCCACUCAUCGCAAAAGCUGACUGUCUCACGCCCAACGAGAUAAAGAAGCUCAAAGACCGAAUACGAGAGGAAAUAGACAAGUUUGGGAUCAAAGUGUACCAGUUCCCUGAAUGUGACUCCGACGAGGAUGAGGAGUUUAAACAACUUGACAAAGAGCUGAAGGAGUGCACCCCGUUCGCCGUGAUCGGCAGUAACACAGUGGUGGAGGCCCGAGGGCAGAGAGUGAGAGGAAGACUUUACCCCUGGGGGAUUGUUGAAGUGGAGAACCAGUCGCACUGUGACUUUGUGAAACUGAGGAACAUGCUGAUUCGUUCGCACAUGCACGACCUGAAAGACGUGACCUGCGACGUCCACUACGAAAACUACAGAGCGCAGUGCAUACAGGAGAUGACCAGUAAACUUGCUCAGGACAACCGUAUGGAGAGUCCCAUACCCAUCCUGCCGCUGUCCACGCCAGAUGUGGACACUGAGAAGCUCAUCAAAAUGAAAGACGAGGAGCUGAAGAGGAUGCAGGAGAUGCUUAAUAAAAUGCAGCAGCAGAUGCACGACAAGGAACAGUGACAUCGCCCAGAAUAUCGCCGUGCUGUAACGCCACCUGCUGUUUCUCCCUCCCCACGACAGUGAGACCUCCAGAGACGGAACAAUGGAUGGAUCGUGUGUCAGAGGCGACUCUGGUUGUGCAUUUAUCUUCAGUUUGGUGCUUUGUAUAGUUUGUCUGCCUGGAGACUAGUUUUAUCAGAGGGUGUUUUUUUGUUUUGUGUUCUCUGAAGCUGUUUGCCCACUUUGAGCCUCCAGAGUAACCCCGCCCCCAACCGUCUGUGGUUUAACAGUCUUAACAUAUAUAUUAUUCAUGUGUAAUUUAAAUGACUAGUCAGUGUAUCUAAUUUAUAAAUGCAAUGCUAGACUUUUUUGGAUAUUCUGUCAGGGUAUGAACAUGUCUGCUACAAGAUUUUUUGUAAAUUAAUUAAGGUUGUUGGUCUUGAGCCUGGAUAUUGUUUUUUUAUUAUGCGUGUGCGUCUGUGUGUGCGUGUGUGCGUGUGUGCGUGUGUGCGUGCGUGCGUGCUUGCGUGUUUAGAUGCACGAGUGUAUGUAUUUCAUGAAUUUUCCUUAGAUAUCACCAGGUAUCCAUCCAUAAAAGUCCCAUUUGUUUGACAAUGGUACCACAGUGACUUUACUUUUUAUUAAAGCCCAACUUUUGCUCUUGUUUAUUUCCUCUCUCAUCCUCGUAAAUAUCUUCAUGUAACUUUUUUUUUUUUUCUUUACAUAUGGCAAGUCAAAACAAUUCCUCUUCCAGCAUUUUAUGUGCUGGCUGAGCUGAAAAUGCACUUAUUGCCAGUGGCUAACUGUGAAUGGAGAGCCUUUGACAUAAUGAGAGGUUUGGUACAUGUGCAAGCAUGCUGCCAUUACUCGUAUCCGCUGAACGCUGUGGACCUAUUUUUACUGCUUUAUAGCCAAUGCUCCGUGCUUGUAUUAAAAUGCAUCCUGACCUACAGUCAGCUUGUUGCUACUUUGUUGUACUACGAGAGGUUGAAAAAAAUAGACCAAUAAUGACGAGCAAAUGCUGUGUUUAUGCUUCUGUUUUAAAUUUCUCUCCCUGGAAGCGAAUUAUGCCAGUGAAGAUGUGUAUCCUGUUUGUGAGGAAAGAGUGCUUGAGUGUGUGUUUGAGUGUGUGUGGACUCUGCUGAUGCUGAGGAACAAUACGUAUUUUGCCUCAAGGCUGUGAGCUCAGUCUGUGACCCCCCCUCUUAUAUAAAGGUGUGACAAAUAAACCCUUGUUUCUCGUCA